CGGGGGCUGCGGACGUUACCGCGGCCGGAGAUAACUGCAGUGCAGCAGCCAACCAGCAACCGGCUAGCCGACCCCGUCUACUCACACGGAAAUAUGGAGGAGACGAAGAUACAAGUCAACGGCUGUCAGACCGACCCCCUCUGCAUGGGCCCAUAAACAUGUCCACAGAUGACAGUAUCUCUGAGGAUGUGUCCAGCUCGGGGGCUUUGAGCCAUUGCCAUGUCAGUCCUGACGGGGAUGGGGGUAAGGAGAGUGAGACCUCUUUGGUGUCCUCUGAGGGGACAUCAGCCUCGGGGCUGGCUGUCUCGGAGGACAGACACACAACCUCCCAAACAGCAGGAGGCGCUGUGGAGAGCAGGCCCGUGGACAUCACACCAGCAUGCAACAAGAUCAGGAGUCUGUGUCUGAACACAGAAGAAGCGUUUGACCAAGGGAAGAUCCUCCCGUUCAUCAACCCCAGCUCCCUUGAGACCUUCAGAGCUUUGGUGCAGGAGAUCCAGAGCAGCGGAGAGACCGACCCUGAGAUCUGGAAGGAUUGCGAGGGUCGAUGGUUGCAUCUGUUUCAGCUCGUUGAGAAGCAAUACCAAGAGCAGAUUCUCGCUCAGCAAGAACAAUACCAGUGCCAAAUACAGUUGAUUCAGGAUGAAAUUAAAGCGCUGGUUCAGCUCCAGAACCGCCAGGCCAGCAGCGUCCAGCCACAAGCAGACUUCUCUCCAACUGUGGUGACCAAAACCACCCCAAACACAAAGGACUAUAUCUUCCCCCUCAUCUCCAGUCACUGCUGGGUCCCAGUGGCUAGUGACAAUGAGAGCCUGGCAGCCCCGGCCCUCAUCCCUUUCAGCUCCCCUUAUCCUCCGCCCCAGAGACCCGAGACCAGAGACCAGGGGGAGGAGAGGGCCACCACGGUGCUCAGCAGUGGGUACGGGACUCUGUCCGCGUGGGAAACGGGUCUGGAACCCGCUGGGUCUCCGGGGGAGGAUGAGGACGGUUUUCAAGGGAGGGAGAAGCAUCAUUGGUCCCCUCACCUCCAGGAAGACACGCAGACAAAUGUGAUUCGGGGUCAACAGGAUAUUUUGCAUGUGAGGAAUAUUGGAGUGGAUGAAACGAACCCGCCAGACUACCAGCAGAGAACCUUUGGCACCAGACACUUUGUGACCUCCUGGGCUCAGAGGCAGAAGCUCCGGCCCAAGAAGAGCAAAGCGGGUCAAGCUUCAUCCCAAAUCCCAGAGUACGAGGAGCCGCUGCUCGGCCUCAGAGAAUCCCACAAGCAAACCCCCCCGGACGGCUCGGACCUCCAAGACCAGCAGCGACCGGCCGGGUUGCCGUCCAGCUCGUUCCCCCUGAGGAGGAGUGACAGCCUGAUGUCAGAGGCGUCAGGCCUCACCUAUUGGCGUCUGACCGAGAGUGAACUGUACCACCCGCUACCGGACAGCUUCGACAGCGGCGCUUACCACCUCCUGCAAGAGGCAUCCUUGAGUCUUACUCCGUCUCAGGAGCCUCGUCUGUCUCUCAGAGAGAUCUAUCAGAACAAGCAAAGGACGGACUGUAAACGCUCCGACUGGGACGGCUCCGCUACCUCCAGUCCCUCGUCUCCACAGGUGUCGGCCUGGGACCCGGCAGCCAACCAGCGGCAGUCGGAUCGAACCUCCGGCUUCACGUCGCCCUCUCACUUCAGCAGCCCGUCGUACGCCGCUCAACCCCACCACUACCCCCGGGUGGGGACCCCCGGGACCCCCGACAGCACGGUGGAGUGCGGUCCCAACCCCGGAGACACGGACUGCAUCUCUAACACCUCCAGCGCUUCGGCCGCCGGGCAGAGCUUGUGGGGAAACGCGACCCAGGCCCCCCCGUUUACCCUCCAGGGUGCGACCCACUCUCACUCCCACACAUCCAGUCAGCAACGCGGAGCCAGCGGCCCCUCAGCCAGCGAGGAAGAGGGCACCCACACCAGCACCCUGAAGCCUCGUUCGGCCUCUGGUGCGUCCCUGCGGCCGUCGGCCAGUCCACACAUGCAGAGAGCGUCGUCACUGGAGGAUCCUGUCACCCUGUCGCUACUGAGGCAGAACCUGAGGGAGAAGCACUCUCGCCACGUGGCUGACCUGAAGGCGUAUUACGAGUCUGAGAUUCAAAGCCUGCGAGACAAACUGAACCUCAGAGAUCUGCCCCGGGAUCUGGAGAAGAGCAACCGGGUCCUCACGGAGAGGUGCAAGCAGCUGGAGAAAGCUCUGUCCGGGGCCACGGGGCGCGUUCAAGAACUGGAGGCCACGAACAGCUCGUUGGAGAAAGAGCUGGUCGAGUGGCCGGAUCGGUACGCCGUGGCCGGCGCUGCCGUGAAGUCCUCGCAGCAGCGACUGGAAGAGAGCAAGCGCUCGGGCAAAGAGAAGGACGCCCUGGCAGCGAGUUUGAAGACCCGCGCUCGGCAGCUGGAGGAGGCGCUGCAGAAAACCUGCAGGGAGGCAGACGAGAGGGAGGCGAGGAGGGACGGAGAGUACAAGAUGCUGCAGGAGCUGCUCGGACAAUAUGACUCUCUGGUAAAGGAGCACGAGGGACUGAAGAGCAACCAGCUGUCGACAGAGAACAAGCUCUUCAAUGCCACCGAUCAGAUAUCAGAACUGAAGAGAGUAAUCUCCAAACUGGAGUCUCAGGUGAAGCAGCUGGAGCACGAGAACCAGGCCAGGGCUCGUUAUUCUUCCCACAAUAACACACAACCGUCCGGGGCCGGUCUCCUCCACCACCCUGACCUGCUGAUGUCACCCAGCAAAUGCACAGCGGAGCCGGACGUCACCCGCAGGAAGUCGCCCUCCGACCAGCUGAACGGAGGCAGGAAGUCCCCGUUCCUUCAAACUAACCAAUCGAGUGUCCACCGGAAGUCAAAGUAUUCAAUGAAUGAUCAAUCGUCAGUAACUGGAAGCUCGGUGGACUCCUGGAGGUGUGCGUCUCCCCCGGAGUGUGAACAAGCGGCGCCUCAGCAGCGACAGCAGGAGCAGAGCCAGCGGGAGGCCGCUCGCAGGGAGGGAUCCUGCUCCCUGACGCCCAUGAUGAGGGCCCUGAUACAGCUGGAGGAGACCAGAGCCACGGAGAGCCGGGCCCCCUGUAAGAACAGCUCCACCACCCACAGGGUCGGCAAUCAGAGGACCGCCGUCGGGUUCGUGGAGCGGAGACGCAAAGAGGUGAUUCAAGAGCGAGGCGGGCUUCAGGCGGACCGGGAGGCGGUCAAACCUGGAGGAGUGGCGGCCAGAGGAGGAGGAGGAGGAGGUGCAGGAGGAGGUGCAGGAGGCGCAGCGAAAAGAGCUGCUGCUCUGCUGAGGGCUCCGAGGAGUCUGUCUCCGGAGGGCCACAGGUCCUCGUCACUGCCUCCUCCAGAACAUCGGAGCAAACCCUCCACGACGCCCACAAAGAGAGGAACUUUACUCAUGCCCAUGUCUGCUCGGUCCAGCCCCAAACGCUGCCCCACAGAGAACUACUCCACGGCUUUCGGGCACCUGAUGCCAAGAGAGGAACACCUGCACAAGAGGAGCGACGGACAAGUGGACCGGAGACGCCAUUCGUUGCACAGCAGCGGUGCCAGGAAGAGGCUCCAGUUUACGUCAGCAGACGGAGAAGACGGCGUGAACCCCCCGGAGGGAAACUCCCAGCUGGGCUGGGAGGAUCAAGGAGUCCGUGGCGGAUCCGACCCGCAGGACUCCUGCGCCGACUCGGCUCCGCUCCUCCAGGACUCCGGGCUCCACUCGCCGGCUGAGGCCGAGAGGCUGUUUGACGAGCUGACGCAGGAGAAACUGCAGAUUGAGGCAGCUCUGAGCCGGAUGCCCGGAGCAGGUGGGAGAGUGACUCUGCAGACCAGGUUAGAUGAGGUGGCCUUGGAGAACCGUCUGGAGAGGCUGAAUCGUGAGCUGGGAUCCAUCCGCAUGACCCUGAAGAGAUUCCACGUCCUUCGCUCUUCUGCCAACACAUAGCAACGUCUGUCUUGUGACAUCACAGCGUAGAUGAAGCUACAACUUAGUGUCUUGGUUUUUUAUUAUACACUGAUCCACCGAUUGUCUCCGUGUGCCAUGAGUCCAUAUGUACAGUAACUCCACCGCGACAUCUUUUUUUAUACGUAUUGCUCUGGGAUAUUUUCUUAUACGUCUAAAAAGAUAUUGCAAUUUUUUUGGAGCAUAUAUUUUUUUGUAAUGCACAGAUUUGUAAAAAAGAAAAGAAAAGUUGUUUACUUUUUUUAAGUCAGAGAAAAUAUUUAUAUGAUAUGUUUUACUUGCCAUAUUCAGGUGUAGAUUUUUUUUUUUUUAAAUUUGAUCAAAAAAGGUUUUCCAGCAGAGACAUUCAUCCACUUUGGAAACAUCACUGCCAUUUUUAUUCACGUGUUUUUGGACAUUUUUACAUCAAAUAUUUAUUUUAUGUUUCUCUAUGUAUUUUACUUUUUUUUUAAAUUUGUUUUUGGACCAAAAUGUAUCAGACUUGAAGAACAUAUUUUGUGUACUUGACUAAAUCGCCUUUUUUCUUUGUUUACUUUUCACUACUACCUGUCACUUUCUUUUCUUUGUGUUUUCAAACCAGCACAUUUUCAGUAAACACACACACACACACACACAGUUGUUUGUUUCUCCUCUAGCGAUGCUUGUGCAUGGAAUUUCUUGCACUGCUUCCUUUUUGCCAUGCUUUAUUUUGAUUUUUUUAUAACAAAUAUGAACUUCCCUGGAACUAUAAUGUUGUUGUUGUUGUUGUUGUACAAUAAAUGAAGCUUUUUUUAAAUAUAUAUAUUAAUAAGU